GGACCAUUUAAAAUGAACUAAUAAAGGUAAGAAUUAAUAUUAAAACUCAGAAGAAACCAGACAACAUUUGCAAACACAAAACCUAUAAUAUACAAAUUGUAACCUUUAUCAUGGACCUUAGUUUUGAUUUUGAUAAAAAUAACAUUCAUAUAUAAUGAAACGAAGUAUUGAGCUGUUUAGAUCAGUAUGUAAGCAAAGCAUGUUCAGUUUGUCAGAGUAAAUGUGCUCUUCUAUGAUGUCCUGUAGAGCUGAUGUGGUUAGAGAUACAGAAGGGGAAGGAAAUGUUAAUAUCAGUUGCUGACGCCACAUUGUUCACUCAGUACGGAAGAGAACGACAGUAAUGUUUGUCACACAGAGUUUGGUGUUUUAUUUUAGAGAAACUCUUGUCAAAGUUCAUCAUGUGGGACGUUCUGCUGCUCUUUUCCAGCAUCUGUACAGCUGUUGUUGUAGGAGCUCCAGAUACAGUUACAGGACACAGAGGAGAGAGAGUUGAGAUCAGAUGCUCAUAUAAACCUGGAUAUGAAUCAAAUUCAAAGUACUUUUGUAAAGGAGAGUGUGUGAUUGGAAGUAAAAACAUCAUGGUUAAAUCAGGAUCUCCAGCUAAAGACGAGAGAUUCUCUCUGACUGACGACAAGAAGAACAGAGUUUUCACCGUCACCAUCACUGAUCUGAGAACAGCAGAUGAAGGACAAUACUGGUGUGCUGUGGAGAGGAGUUUGCCUUUAACUGAUGUCUAUUCAGAGAUUUUGUUGCAGGUUAAAAUGGAUAACAAGACCACCGAGGCUUCAACUAUCAGCCCUUUUUCAAACACAUCAUCAUAUUUCAGUACAAAAGAAAUGAAUCCACAGUCCACCAUCAUCACACACACAGAGAAGAACAUCUCCUCAACAGGUCACGCCCCACAUUCAGGGUCUGUCAUAUACGUCAGUGUUGGGUUAGUCAUCAUGGUGAUCAUCUUCUUCAUGACGCUGAUGGUGUGGUGUAGGAAGAGAAGCAAGAAACCACCAAGAGUUUCACAAACAGGCCUUUCACAGCAAGUGCCUGUUGAAAUUUUGCCUUUGAAUACAACAGCAGAGAUAUCUGCAGAGGACAUUGACUGGAAUGACCAUAAUUAUCAGGAAAUCAGCGAGUUUCAGUGCAAGAACAAACACACCACCACCAUCUACACUACAGCAGAAAGUCCAGAUGAUCCAAUUAUCUACUCCACUGCUGACAAACCAGAAGAUCCAAUGAUCUACUACACUGCAGAUAAACCAGAUUCAACAGUCUUCUCCACUGCAGAAAUAUCAGACGAUUUGACGAUCUACUCCACUGCAAAUUAACUAGCUGAUCUGAUGAUCUGCUCCACAGUAAAGAAACUGUAGUGAUGCUUUUUUACAGACUGUGUCUCAGAGCAGCUUCAUGGAGUGGAAGUUCAACCCACAAUGCAACAGUGACAGGACAAAAACAAUCCCUUAUUUUAAAGCAGAACUAAAUAACUUUUUUUACCUUCAUAAAUAGUUUUCUAAGUCCUUACGAUGGUUAAUUGACUUGUAGUGGUGCGUUUGAGGCGAGCACUAACCCCCUCUGGCACGUCUACGCCAGAAUACAGCACUUGCAAGUUGAGCUACAUCGAUCCGACACAAUCUCGCCUCAUGUUCACGUUCACGUGAGAGUGACAAAACGCUUUAUGGUAAUUCAAAAACAAUGUAUAUAUUAUGACUUUAUAAGACAAUUUCGAAAAUUACUCACCUCCAUCGAGUGUACUGUAUUUGCAAAUUACCCACCUCCUCUUUCUUGUACUGUAUUUGCAAAAC